AUGAUGGAGACCCUGGAAGGAGCUGAACUCUGCUUUCCACAGCUCAACUCCUCCUGCAAGAAGCCGACGCAUCCUCACACUGAGGCCAUGCUGAUUUAUGUCCUGCUCUCCUCCAUCUCUCUUAUCACUGUGGCUCUAAACCUGCUGGUCAUCAUCUCCAUCUCCCACUUCAGGCAGCUGCACACCCCCACCAACCUCCUCCUCCUCUCUCUGGCUGUCUCAGACCUCCUCGUGGGCUUCCUGCUGAUGCCGGUUGAAAUCAUCUACAUAGACACUUGCUGGUUUCUUGGUGACUUUCUGUGCACUCUGUAUUAUGUUGUAGACUACAUCAUUACCUCUGCCUCAGUAGCCAACAUGGUUCUCAUAUCUGUUGACCGCUAUGUGGCCAUUUGUGACCCUCUUUGUUACCCCACCAAAGUCACUAAGAGAAGAGCACAAAUCUGUGUUUGUUUGUGUUGGGUUUGCUCUUUUUUCUACAGGAUUCUCCUUUUAAAUGACCACAUGGAACAACCAGGCAGGUCCAACUCCUGCUCUGGAGAGUGUGUGGUUGUCAUAAAUUACAUGGCAGGAGUUGUUGACCUUGUUUUCACUUUCAUUAUUCCCUUUGCCGUCAUCAUAGUUCUGUAUCUCAGAGUGUUUGUGGUGGCUGUGUCUCAGGCUCGAGCCAUGCGCUCUCACGUUGCAGCUGUAGCAGCCCUACGCUCGGGGGCUGUAACGGUGAAGAAAAUGGAGAUGAAAGCAGCCAGGACUCUGGGUUUUGUUGUGAUUGUCUUUUUGUUAUGUUUCUGUCCGUACUAUUACCCCACUCUGGCAGGCAAAGACACCUCAGUCAAUGCUUCAGCUGCAGCCUUUGAGAUCUGGCUGGCACAUUUUAACUCCUGUUUGAACCCCGUCAUCUAUGUCUUUUUCUACCCCUGGUUUAGAAAAUGUAUUAAACUCAUUCUGACACUUCAGAUACUGAAGCCUGACUCCCGUGAUACUAAACUAAUAUAG